ACGGCAACGUCGCAGCCUCACAGUCUUCCAGUUACCGUACAGCCGGUGCGUCACAGUGUCGGAGCAGCGCUUCUGCUCGUUCCAAAUUGUCACCUUUAGCGUGUCACAGGACGAAACAUGUCACAUGCGGGCGACUUUCGUUUAGUUGCACUGUUGCUUUGGAUUUGUUUUCACGCCGCACGCAUAAACACGAUAAUUGUUCCACUCGAACCCGGUCCGGCAGAGGUCACUAGCACCGUACCCACGAACACCAACGCACAACCGAGAGCCGCGGAGCAGACGAAAUUUGGCGGUGACAGCAGCAGCAGCUACCAAUUGCCCUGCUCGUCCAAGAAACCAUUCAUUUUUGAACGGUCCUCCAACACGUUAAAGCUCUAUUUACUCGACGCGACCGGCCUUUAUCGGUUUGAGGAUGGGGAUUCCAGUGGCAUUGUUAAAUCACACAUCAGUACGCUACCGACGCGCUACGAAGAAGCUCUUACGCUGCAGAUCCUGGAUAUAAAGCUGGGAGAUGCAGAUUACGUGCUGUUCGUCAUCACUACCGACCAGUGGCACAACGUCUUUCUUGCUCACCAGAGCCAUGCCGGUGGACCAGCCAGUGCUCAGCCUAUACAGCGCAUCAAGUAUUCUGGACCCUUUUCCAAAGCUCAGCUGCUCGAAUGCAACGGUAACAUUUACAUGGUGACAAUAGUCACCUAUGCCAACACUGGUAAAAUUCGCGUCUACCGUUGGCAGCAGUCAUACUUUUCACUCGAAAGUUCCAAAGAGGUGCUAUCGGUCGACGAUGUACGGUGCCACUGUCCCAGUACACUGUUACUCCUAGCACUCGAUUAUGGCCAAUUACCCGAGCGUUCGGUAAACCACGUACUGCUGCUGGAUAGUGCUGAACGGCCGGUGAAGGUGCAGGAAAUGUUCUUCAUCUACAGUACGCUACCGACGUUCACGCUCGACAAUGUCCUCUAUCUGAUACGCCACAUUAGCAGAGACAAAUCCUACCUUUAUCAAUGGAGUGCCGAAGGAAGAUUUGUGCGUAUGCGCAAACUAUCCCAACAUCCACAGCAAAUAACGGCCUUCACCCAUUGGGACAGUAUGCUGGCGGUGGCGGUUGAAGAUACGAUUCGGCUAUACGGCGGCAGUAAACAAAAUCUGCUGCGCAUUGAAACACCGUUUUCGCUGCAUGGGAGCAAUUCGUCGGAAAGUUUAACACAGCUUACACCGGGGUCGGCUGGCGAGAAGCUGAAAAAGCUGUACGGACUGCAAUCUGCGGACCGUGCGGAUCUUAUACUGGCAACCGAGUUUGACUGUUCUGCGACUGUGAAUGAACCAACCUCAAAUACUACCGCACUACAUAUUUAUAAAAUUUCCACCAAGAGUGUCGCACGAUCUGCAGAAGGAACCGCACAAGAGCAUGGCUUCCAAACGCUUAACAGCUGCCUGCACCGGCUCAAACAGGAACUGAACGAACGUAAGAAGUGGAUCGACCUUAUCCGGUUGCAACUAUCACAGAAGAAUUUGCUCUUCGAUGCCAUCACCCAAAGUGAGCCUGCCAAAUCUACGCUCAUACACCCGUCCGUGACGCUGUCCAGCGUUCUGUUGCCUCACAGCAAUCCAAACCUACUGCCGCCUUCACGUACGAUUCUCAACGGACAGUCUCUUCUCCUACGCCACUACCGUGUAGCCACCGACCUCAACCAGGUGCUUCUGCUGAACCGCGAACGAACAGAAAUUCGGGGCGAUCUGCACGUAACGGGCAACGUGCAUACACGCUGCUCACGCAUCCGUGCCGUCAGAGCUCAGGACAACUUCGACGGUGGAGAUGAGGCGAAACCAAGACGCGCACGGUCCACCGUACGUGUGGCAGGAAAAACAUCCUAUCGUACCGUGAAGGCGAAAGAAAUUGUUGCCGAUUCAACGCUAAGCAAACGAUUUGUGCUGCGUUCUAAAAUGAACGUUGUACCGGGCACAAUGCAGCUGGACGAGCUGACUGCCCAGUCCGUGCGCGUGGAGCAGGGUAACAUCAACCACAUAGCCAUACCAACGCGUAACGCGUUGAUGGACGCAGCCGUGCACGGUUACCGGGGGCAUAAAGUGUUCCGCGCGGUAAAGUCCUUCCGGUUAAAUACCCACCAUCUGAACGGUCAUCCGCUUUCUGCGGAUAUAAUUGAAUCAGGGCUGAAGUACGCAAACGAGGGCAUAACCAUCAAGACGGAUGUAUGUCGCACACGUAACCUAAUAAUACGCGAUACGGUGAACGAUGUUCAUCUGCGGCAGCUUGCAUCCAUACAUCAACCUACCUUGCAUGUUAAAGGUAAUCUACUGUUUGGAGAACAAGUGUGUGUGAAAAAUCUUCAAUUCCGCCGUACGCUGAACAAUAUCCCGCACGAUGAGCUGUUGGACAGACUCUCUAACCAAACCAUCACCGGGUCCGUGUUUGUGAGUAAAGGCUUCACGCAUAAUCUACAGGUGCGUCAGGUAAACGGUGAACUGUUAGCCAAUUAUGCUACCACAGUCCAACCGAACCACAAUGGAGCACCACAGACUCUACAAAUUAAUGCACCGGUACGGGUGGAGAAAAUGGUAGUUCUCGGCGAUCUCACAGCAAACCACGAGGAACAACAGCUACUGCCGCACAUCGGAACUAACCCGGGUGACUUCAGGCAGCUGUACACCGGUAAAGUCUUUUUAAACGGCUCGCUACGAUUGAAAGUGGCCAACAUAAAUGCGCCGAACAUUACCAUCAUGGGACAGUCGGUAUCAAGUAAGCCGUAUCAGCAGUACCUGCUACGAACAGGACGUCAGAUUAUAAGCGAGCCGAUAGCGUAUCAUGCGGCCCAGUUCCAGUACCUGUUCGCAAACACACUGAACGGAGUCGCACUGUGGCAGUUUAGCUUAACGCAUCGCAACUGGCAGAACAGCUUCUAUCUGCAGGAUGUAGCUGUGCAGGGUGACAUUCGACCAGCGCGGAUCGCCAAACGGUUACACUCGGUGCAGCAGAACCGCAUCGAUGUAAAUGCGCACAUUCGUGUGUGCGAUGUAAAACAUUUUAGCGGCACACUGCGCGUAACGCACCUGCACACCCACUCACUGGACGGUACGCUAGCGCCGGAAGCACUCUGGCGCAAAGGUGUGCAGUACGGGAAGACUAGCGCCGCACCGAAGAUACUGCUCGGGCGCACUGAGCUUCGGCAGUGUGGUUUACACGUUCGUGGCCCAUUGCAAACGGCUGGGUUUAAUGGCCGUACUUCGUACGACCUGGCCGAGCUAGCUAAGCCGCCGCUACGACGGUAUCGUGCGAUGCAGCUAACUGCCGCUAACGCUACCAUAGCUAGUGUCCAGCAGAUGGCAGACCUAUCGCUCGAAGAGGUACUGCAACGCUUCGUCACUACCGUGCACCAUCAUCACCACAGCGGCGGCACUGGUUCGGUACCAUCAUUUGCCAAGAUCGUCACACCGGUCCAGUCGCAGCAGAUUGCGGUUGCAACGGUGGGACGCAUCAACUUCUGUCCGGUGCAGCGGCUUCUGCAGGAAACCGUCUCCAAGCAUGGUCGACCGGGACGUCCGAUUGGAGGGCACAAGCGCGUGCUCGGUACCGUCACCAUCCCGAAACGACUCACGGUCGGUCGGAUCAAUGGGCACGAUACGGCCCAGCUAGCGCACAUUGUUACCCGUGGUCCGGACGCGCUUCCGCAGAGUAUCGACGCCCGCUGGCGUUUCGGCACAGUCACGACGGGCUAUCUCACGGCGAAGCUCAUCAAUCGGACACCUCUCGUUCGGCUAGCGUUACGCGCGGAGGAAACGCUCGUACUGCAGAGCGAAUUGCUGAUCGAACGACUGCAGGUCAAUGUGUUGCAGCUUCCGAAACGUCCAAACUGGCUGCUUGAUCCCAGCACGACGCUAUCCUCCCUGCACCAUGUACCGCACAAUGUCGCCCGGUUACGCUGUCACGGCAGCAUUCACAGCCACAUCCGUGAUCCGGCUCAUCUGCUGAAUCAGCUUCUGCUGACGCCUUCGGUUGAUCAAACGCGAACCGUCUCUAGUGGCCUUGUGUUUGCCGGGCAAAGCGUACACUUCGGUAACUGUACGACACCGCCCGUCGCUGGUGGUACGGUGCACCGCAUUGAGCGCGUUGCUCGCCAGUGUUUGCGCAGGAAUCCAUCGCCAGCACUGCGCACACCCAUCAUUUUCGAGCACGAUCAGGUACUGCUGCCGGCGGGAGGACCGGAUAUGAUGGCGAUGCGUGGCAAUCUGAAGGUCGCUACUACUGGCUACCUUCAAGCACACACCAUCGCUGGUGUGAAUGUUGCAGAACGGCUCGGCCCAACAGCUGACCUUUACCGGUUAAUGUCCCGUGACCACCGGUUGCCGAUUGUCGGAGAAAAACGAUUCUCGCCGGCGGUUAGUGUCGCCGUGCGUAAUGUGACGCUCGUGCCAGGUCCCACCGGUAACACGUUCUGGUCCCGGCUUGCUCUCUGUAACCAUCCGACACAACCGGCCUGUCCCGGGUCGCUUCAUUUCGAGCAGUCUAGUCUGGUGGUGAGUGAACUGCUGGCCGCAGCCCACCUUAACGCUGUACCGCUGGAGGGCUUUUUCCAUGCGUUUGUGAAACGCCAAUCCGCUCCGCUGCACCAGUCAAAGCUACACCACAUACAAGACGUUCCCGGGACGCUUACCGUAACCGAGCUGCAUCUUACCGGCACAGCCACGAUCCUGCACCACAUCAACGGCAUACCGCUCGCCGAGCUUGUAUUUCAUUCGACCGCUAACGCGACGCAUCAGACAGUGCCGGGUGCGAAGCAGUUCCGGACGCUACACAUCGAUGGUCCGCUCUCGCUGCAGCAGCUAAACGGACGGCUUCUGUCCCAGAUGAAACGGGACGUCCUCGCGGCGGAUGAACUACAUCAAGCGGAAGCUAUAGUUUUCGACAAACCUGUAUCACUGUCCGCGCUACACACACGCGUCCUCUACCACACACGCACCACUUCCUACCGUCUCGCUGCGGAAAAUCCCACCGUACAGCUUCCAUCCGAGCUACUGGCACUGCAACCCAACCCGGGCCUGCUUCAUCCGCUAAGGAUGCUGCAACGCAACAUGGGUGUUGCACGUGCCCGCUCUAACGCGCUAUCUCUACGAUCGACGCUCGAGCAGGACUCGAACACUUUUGCCGGACUGGUAACGCUAAACGGUGGUGAUACCGUGCAGCUUCACUGUUCACCUGACCACCGAUCGUUACUAGUGGAACUGCGACGGUUGCCAACGAACCGUACCAGCGAACAGCGACUCCACGACCUACCCCAAGCGACCGGAUGUUUACAAACGAUCGGUGCGUAUGCGUUCAAUCGAACGACACUGCUGGUUCUGCUGCGUCACAAGCACACCGGUGAGCUCACUGCCAACACGCUCUAUCAGUACGAUCUUGCCCGCGGUCACUUAACACCGGUCAAGAUACCGUCCCCCGGUCCAGCCUGUCAGCAUACCCGGCUGCUACAGCCAACGCACCAAGAAAUUAUGCUUGCAACGGCACGCUGCUCUAACACGGCCGUUUCCAGCGGGUUACAAAUCUAUCAACUCACCACCGAUGGCUCAUCGUUGGGUUUACGGCACUUCCAAACAAUCGAUCUGGUGUCCGCGGUUAGCGCAAUGGGAUCUAUGGCCGAUGGGACUGUGUUGCUGGUAAAGGACGACAACAACCUUUGGCAUCGCUACACGUACAGUUCCGUACAGGGCUGGACACAAGCGGAUGAACGAUAGAACCUGAUGUCCCUAACUGAAACCUAUAAUUCGCGUGAUGUGACUUUUUUUGUGUUGUUUCGUAUAAGCAAUUGGUGUGUGCUUAAUGUUAUUUAAGACCUUUGAACGUCUAUUAGUUUUGUUUUGUUAAUAAAAUCCCUUUACAAAUUCUACAAAAGA